AGAAUGGUAAAUGGAACGGUCUGAUAGCUGACGUGGUCAAUCGCAAGACAGACAUGAUACUGACAUCGUUAACUAUCAAUGCAGAUCGAGAAGCCGUCGUUGAUUUUACAGAACCUUUCAUGGAAACCGGUAUUGCCAUUGUUGUGUCUAAAAGAACUGGUAUUAUUUCUCCAACGGCUUUUCUAGAGCCUUUUGACGCAGCUUCAUGGAUGUUAGUUGGUAUUGUAUCAAUCCAUGCAGCUACUUUUAUGAUCUUUUUAUUUGAACGCUUAUCGCCUACAGAAUUUGAUCCCAAGAAAGUUAUCUUACCAAAGCCUGGAUUUUCAAUAACUAGAUCAUAUUGGUUAGUGUGGGCUGUUCUAUUUCAAGCAUCAGUCCAAGUUGAUUCUCCACAAGGCAACACGGCUAGGUAAGAAAUUCAAAUUUUCUAAAUUUGACUAUCAUUGAUC